ACUUGUUUUAUACAGAUGGAUUGGAACAAUCGACAACAAAUGUUGCAAAAAUGGCAGCCUUUUGGGUUGCAACAGAUGCAGCAGAUGCAGCAACAGCAACUACAACAGCAACACCAAUUGCAAGCACAUCAGCAGCAGCAGCAGCAGCAACAACUUCCGCAGCCACCACCGCCACCACCCCCACAGCAGCACCCACAACAACCAUUACCACAACCAAUGCCACAACAGCUUCACCCUCCACUGCCUCAGAUUCCACAAAUUGCCCCAAAAAUCAACAGAACUGGAGGCUCGGCAACCCCACAUUGUCUUGUGUGCAAUGUACAUCUUGGCAUGUUUGCCAAGGGUGGCAUGGAAGUUUUCUCUGAAAAGGUCACUACAUCUUUUGGAAAGAUGCAGAUCCACAAUGUCUUAGGCUCCAUCAUAAACCAAGAGCUGAAUACUGCCAAUGUUCACUCCAGCAUCGUAUGUAAGAAGUGUUUCAAGCUGCUUGACGAUAUUGAUGGCUUAGAAGGUCAGCUGGUCAACAUGAAGCAGGUAGUAUCCAGUAAAUAUACAAUGACUCUGGCAUUGGUAAAAAAAGGACUUGUUGGAAAAGCAGUCUUUGAGGAGCCUGCCAAACAACCACCUCCACCUCCUAAACCAAAGAAACCUAUAAAACCUCCCUUAACAGGUAAGACUUCAAAGCUGAAAGUUGCUGGCAGGAGAAAUCGACCACCUAAAGUGGGCAUGAUAUGGGUCAGAACAGCAUCAUCAAGCAUAAAAAGUUUUCACAAGUCAUCUUUAGUGAGAAUGCACAUUAAGUGUAGGGGAAGUUUCUAUCCUCGUACCAAUGAAAAGGUAACAAGAACAGAGGUACCAGAUGAUAAGGUGGAAUGGUCAGCAUCUUUCCAUGACUAUGCACCAAGGCAAUACACAGCUCCUCACAUUCUGGCUGGUCCUGAAUAUGCCGACCCUGAUAUCAGUUGCCCAGAAUUCAAGCCUUUAUGGAAUGCAGUAGAUGGAAAUAUCAAUCGUUGUUCACAUGAAGAAUCUUACAAUAUUGUAGAUGGAUACCCCAGGAACAUGCAUGGCCGUACAGGUAUUGCUGGCCGUGGAGCCCUUGGUCGUUGGGGACCUAAUCAUGCCGCCGACCCAAUUGUUACUCGGUGGAAAAUUUAUGACAAUGAGGUUGCUCAUGGUGAAACUGGGAAGCCCAUUCUGCAGUUUGUUUGUAUUCAGCGUAGAGAUAGUGGCGAAUGGGCCAUCCCAGGAGGCAUGGUGGACCCAGGAGAGCGAGUCAGUACUACACUUAUGCGGGAAUUCCAGGAAGAAGCUUUGAAUUGUUUAGAAAUGACACAUGAGCAGAAGAAACAAACUGAAGACAAGCUGAAGAACUUCUUCCAAGGAGGUGAAGAAGUGUACCGUGGCUAUGUUGAUGACCCACGUAAUACUGACAAUGCCUGGAUGGAAACAGUAGCUUACAACUUUCAUGAAAGUAGCCAGGAUGGUAUCCUAUAUAGUCUGCAACUGCAUGCUGGAGAUGAUGCACAAGCUGUUAAGUGGCAGGAUAUUAGCAGUCAGUUAAAUCUUUAUGCUAGUCAUAGAGACUUCAUUCAGAAAGUGGCUGAAAAGCACAAUGCACACUGGUGAAAAACCAUGUUAUUAGGAUUACUAAAAGCAUAUAGUUGCCUAUUUACAUUUGCAGGGUGAACUCUAGCUGCCCUCUUUUAACCCUUUGAGAGUUCAGACCCCUGAUCUGAGACUUGUCCACAGGGCCCAAGAAUUUUCAGACAAAAAUUUUUUUUAUUUUUUCUUAAGAAAUGGUAGAGAAUCUUUUUCUGAAGGUAAUAAAACAAAAAGUACAAAAUUUGAUGGAAAAUUGACGAAAUUACGCUAUCGCGAAUUUUGCUGUGUAAGCAGUAUUUAUGCAUUGGCAAUUCUGCCCACUUUGACUCUUAUUUUAGGCCAAUUACAUUGUUCAAGUCAACAAAAUUAUUAGCUAUUUUGCUUAUAUGUCUUACAUUUUAUCAAUUGAGCACAAGAAAGUGCCCAGUCAACUAUUUCAACCACCCAAUAAAGUGAUCAGAAAUUGGUAAUCGGGCCAAUUUCACACAAAUUUUAAAAUAUUCCAGUUUCAAAAUAAACAAUGCAAGCAUUCCUGGCACUAAAAUAUCAUUUCCUUCCUUCAUUAGUUACAUUUCCAGGCUUUACACAUGAAUUCCAUUUUGAUUUUUUAUUCACACAAAAAAUAGAAGAUUUACUGUUAUGAAAUAUUGUGAUAAUUGUGUAAAUAAUAUCAGUGCCAUCGUGAACGCAUGUUAGCUCCACCAGUUGAUGUGUGUUGAAUGCAUGAUGUGAUUUGUUUACUCUUGAACAUCAGCAAAAAUCAAACAUUUUCCCUAAUUGAGCUCAUUUUCAAGCUAUUUGGUCCUAAAACCAAUCAAAAUCAUCACUAUUUCUGUAAUAUAUCUUCCAUUUUAUCAAAAGAGACCAACAAACUGUAAAUACAAACAUAAAAACAGUACAAAAAUACACUGCAAAGUCGCUGCUUUUUUUUUUUCUCAUUAUGCACUGCGUGCUGUAGAAUUUUUUUUAUGUGGUGCACACUUAUCACAUAGACCCAUUCUCUCAUAUUUAGCCCCAGAUUUACCAUUUACAGCUUAUCUGCGCAAGUCGAGCUCACACCGUAGAACGACAGCACAGACCCUGGCUUCAAAGCUAUAGAACAAUGGCAUGGACCCUCAAGUGGUUAAUUUUCAAUGAAUUCGUAUUUGUAUAGCUUGUUCCACUUUCUUAGUGGCCUUACACCAAAGAAGUAUUUUCCCAUUAUCUUAGGGACUUGGUUAGGUGUGCAUUAUUAUGUAUUAUUAUUAUUAUAAUAAAAACCAAGUGGUAAAGGUUAGUUAUGCAAUUUCCAAAUACAAUCCCCAUUCCUUUGUAUUUUUCACUGGUAAGUUUGUCAUUGUCUACACCUUGUAGUAUUUCAUAUACACCUACCAUCCGACUUACGACCGUGUUUUUUAUGCCAAAUUUCUGGGAAAUAAGCAACUAUUUGUGUUGUACACAGUGUUUAUCCUAAACCUUACAGUAUAAAAUACAGUACUAACAACAUAAAAAGUAACGUAAAACAUGAAAUACCAAAAUAAAACAAUAAAAUAAAGUCAUUACAAAAAUGUUUUGUUGAUAUUCAGUAGUAAAGUUCGACUUACGACCAUUUCGACUUACGACCGGUUUCUCGGAACCGAACUCGGCCGUAAGUCGGAUGGUACGUGUACAUGUUAUUUUGAUCAUGAUAUUUUGAUCAAGGAUGUGUGAUGUCACCGUGGUUGUAAGAGAAAUAAAUGCGAGGGUCUUGGCAAGAGGCGUGGAGUUAAAAGAUAAAGAAUCACACAUAAAGUGGGAGUUGUCACAGUUGCUCUUUGCUGAUGACACUGUGCUCUUGGGAGAUUCUGAAGAGAAGUUGCAGAGAUUGGUGGAUGAAUUUGGUAGGAAAGAGUAAGGUUAUGAGGAUAACAAAAAGAUUAGGUGAUGAAAGAUUGUAUAUCAGAUUGGAGGGAGAGAGUAUGGAGGAGGUGAAUGUAUUCAGAUAUUUGGGAGUGGACAUGUCAGCGGAUGGGUCUAUGAAAGAUGAGGUGAAUCAUAGAAUUGAUGAGGGGAAAAGGGUGAGUGGUGCACUUAGGAGUCUGUGGAGACAAAGAACUUUGUCCUUGGAGGCAAAGAGGGGAAUGUAUGUAUGAUGAAUGUUGCAGCGAGGAGAAGGCUGGAGGCAGUGGAGAUGUCAUGUCUGAGGGCAAUGUGUGGUGUGAAUAUAAUGCAGAGAAUUCAUAGUUUGGAAGUUAGGAGGAGGUGUGGGAUUACCAAAACUGUUAUCCAGAGGGCUGAGGAAGGGUUGUUGAGGUGGUUCGGACAUGUAGAGAGAAUGGAGUGAAACAAAGUGACUUCAAGAGUGUAUCAGUCUGUAGUGGAAGGAAGGCGGGGUAGGGGUCGGCCUAGGAAAGGUUGGAGGGAAGGGGUAAAGGAGAUUUUGUGUGCGAGGGGCUUGGACUUCCAGCAGGCAUGCGUGAGCGUGUUUGAUAGGAGUGAAUGGAGACAAAUGGUUUUCAAUACUUGACCUGCUGUUGGAGUGUGAGCAAAGUAACAUUUAUGAAGGGAUUCAGGGAAACCGGCAGGCCGGACUUGAGUCCUGGCGAUGGGAAGUACAGUGCCUGCACUCUGAAGGAGGGGUGUUAAUGUUGCAGUUUAAAAACUGUAGUGUAAAGCACCCUUCUGGCAAGACAGUGAUGGAGUGAAUGAUGGUGAAAGUUUUUCUUUUUCGGGCCACCCUGCCUUGGUGGGAAUCAGCCAGUGUGAUAAUAAAAAAAUAAAAAAAAAUAA